GAGAUUAUUGAUAAGGUUGGUCGGUUUCAGCUAAUCUGUUAAAUCAGCGUAGCCUGAGGGACAACUGUAUAAAAGGACAAAGAUUGAAGCAACAGUGCCUUCAAUAGAACACCAUCCUGAAGAGAGCCAGUAAUGAAGGGGAAACUUUCUCCCAACAUGGUUGCUGCUGAAGCCACAGUGGGUUCAUUCAGGUCAGCUAGACUGUCUCUCCUCCUGAUGUCGUUUCUUCUCUACAUAGCUGAUUCAUAUCCCAACAUGGACUUGUCAAAUGCAGGCUGUGAGGAAUGCACCCUGACGAAGAACAGUUUUUUCUCCAACGACCGCCCAGUUUACCAGUGCAAGGGCUGCUGUUUCUCGAGAGCAUACCCUACGCCUCUCAAAUCCAGGAUGACGAUGACAAUCCCAAAGAAUAUCACCUCUGAGGCAACGUGCUGUGUCGCAAAGCACAGCUAUGAGACAGAGGUUAUGACCAUAAGAGUGAGAAACCACACCGACUGUCACUGCAGCACCUGCUACUUUCAUAAAAUAUGACCAGUGGGACCUGGAGACCAUUCUGCAGCAUUCAGCUUGGCAACAAACCCUCUUUAAUGUACAUGAGCCCCCCAACCCCCGUACCUGUUUUGCAAUUUUAUGUUCAUCAAAAAUAUUUUUGUAAUGAUUCUGUGCCUGCCAUGUCUAUGUACUUUUUUGUGACAAUAGAAGUAUUUUAUGUUUUAUUGUAGAAUGAGAAGCAAUUAAAAUAUGUACCCAGA